AAAUCAAACUGGAGAACGUAGUCCAGUAGCUCAUGGCUUUUCUCGAAGCAAUAUUCCUAUUCCUAUUCUUAUUCCUAGUCCUCUCCUUGUUCAUCCUCCGAUUCCGAUUUACUCAGAAGAAGAAGAAAAAGGAGGAGGAGGAGACGAGGAGGCUCAAUCCGCUCCCGCCGGGGCCGCGUCCCCUUCCCCUCAUCGGCAAUCUCCACCAGCUCGGUCGCCACCCCCACCUCUCGCUCCACCGCCUCGCCCUCCGUUACGGUCCCAUCCUCCGCCUCUCCCUCGGCCAAACACCCACCGUCGUCCUUUCCUCCGCACGGGCCGCUCGCGAAGCCCUGCGCACCCAUGACCUCGCCCUCGCCUCCCGCCCCCCGAUCUACGCCGCCAAGAAGCUCUUCUACGGCCCUUCCGACGUCGCCUUCGCCCCCUACGGCCCCUACUGGCGCCGCGUCCGCAAGCUCUGCAUCCUCGAGCUCCUCAGCGCCCGCCGCGUCGACUCCUUCGCCCCUGCCCGCGCCGCCGAGGUCGACCUCAUGCUCUCUCGCGUCGCCGUCGCCGGCGGCGGCGGCGGCGGCGAGGUGAACCUCAGCAAGGUGCUCGCCAUGUACGCCAACGGCGUGCUCUGCCGCGCCGCCUUCGGGCGCGAGUUCAUGGAGGGCGGCGAGUACGCUCGGCGCGGCUUCGAGGAGAUGCUGUUCGAGUACCAGGUGCUCCUCGGCGGCUUCACCAUCAGCGAUUUCGUCCCCUCCUUGGAGUGGGUGAGCGCUUUGACGGGGAUGAAGCGGAGAUUGGACACCACGUUUCGUCGCUUCGAUGACUUCUUCGAUCGCAUCAUCGAAGAACACAUUCAGAAGAGGAGGAGGAAGAGACGAGGUGGCGCCACCGCGGAGGAGGCCGAGAUGGAUCUUGUGGAUGUGAUGCUUGACGUGCAGGAAAACACCAAGGACAGGGAGUUGCCUCUCACCAUGGACAACGUUAAAGCCGUCAUCUUGGACAUGUUUGCGGCCGGGACCGAUACGACCUUCAUCACCCUCGACUGGGCGAUGACCGAGCUCCUCAUCAACCCAUCCGCCAUGAGCAGAGCCCAGGCGGAGAUUCGAACCAUCGUCGGCGGCGACCACCGCAAGCUGGUGGAGGAGGCCGACCUCCCCCGCAUGCCCUACCUGAAAGCCGUCAUCAAGGAGGUGUUCAGGCUGCACCCUCCCGCUCCGCUGCUAGUCCCGAGGGAGUCCAUGGAGUCGGUGACCAUCGAAGGCUACGAGAUCCCGGAGAAGACGAGGGUGUUCGUGAACGCAUGGGCCAUCGGCCGGGACCCCGAGUCUUGGUCGGACCCCGACGCGUUUACGCCGGAGAGAUUUCUCAACAGCUCGGUGGAUUUCAAGGGCCAAGAUUUCGAACUCAUACCUUUCGGCGCCGGCCGCCGCGGGUGCCCGGCCAUAGCGUUUGGGACGGCCAGCGUGGAGAUCGCGUUGGCUCAGCUUCUGCAUAGCUUCGAGUGGGAGCUGCCGGCGGGGGUUAAAGCGGAGGAUUUGGACAUGGACGAAGUGUUUGGUAUAACGAUGCAUCGCACGGAGCAACUGGUGGCGGUGGCCACGCCCUACGCAGCUUGACAUGACCCCACUUCAAUUAAAAUAAAUAAAAAUGUUGGGUCAGUCAACGAUUAGUCCCAUGUGGACCCGACACAAUCAACAUAGUCUUCCGUGACGAAGAUUUUAGCCCUUAAAUAUUAUGUUUAAACGCUUGGUUUACAUUUAUGUCAUAAUAUAAUAUUUAUGGUGAAAAACCAAACUGUUUCAAGGUGUAAAAACAAAAAAAACAAAAAACAAAAAAGAUUGUCACUAAAUUAAUUC